AUGAAACUCAAGUACUUCGAUUGCCAGACUUGCGAGGAGCGUCAGGUAGCUGGACUGUUGAAGGAGACACAGCGGCUGAACGGCAAUGGCGGAGUGCCCGGGCAGCACCUUCAUUUCUCUUCCUUGACCUCAGCAUCACGGCCUGACGCUCUCACGCGCAUUCUCACAGCCGGACCUCCGAGGAACUUGACAGUCUCGACCCGUCUGGCUCCAGCCCCAGCUACAAUGUCGCGAGCGCAGACUCCGAGGUCCUACACCCCAAGACAGUGGACAGGCGGGACGCUUGCUCCUGCUCGGGACCUGCAGGAGGCAGACCAAGGCGCGUUCCUCCGAUCGCAGUCCGUUCAGUCAGCUCCAUCGGCUGCGCCGAGCUCGCUGGCGUUAAACUUGAGGGGAAGUCUUUUCAGCUCGAAUCAGACCAUCCUGCUGCAAAGAGCCAUCACCCAGUACACCCCGAGGAUCAAUGCGAUGCUGAGAAGAAAAGAGAAAAACAAGCCGGGUCAGGUGGUGAACAGCAGGGAUGAGGACCAUGAGCAGCUUGCUCUUGCUCUUGACGCCCUGGACUCGUCUUGCUCCGUGGAGUUGGACAACAUCUACGCAAGCUUGUCUCGUGAGGCAAGUCCCGAGACGAACGGAGCGGAUUAUGAACAGGAAGAGGAAGGGAAACAAAAAGAGCAGCAUGCUCCAUUAUCGCUCACAGUUGCUCAACCAGCAGCUGAUUAUCUACCGCACGCUACCGCUGGCUCAUCCGAGGACAGCAGCGUCAGCGUAUCAGGCAGGACAUCCCAGGACCACGAACAGCAGCUUGUUGUCGCUGCCGAGGAGCAGGAGAAGGAUAUUGCUCCAGCAAGAGGGCAGCUCCUUGGUAACCUCCGGGAGUUCCCGAGGCCGAUGCGGGGGGCGGCGGGUCAAGUGACGGACAAGAAGGAGGGAAAGAGCAAGUGGGGACUGGGAGUGGGAGGUAGAGGGUUGGAGGCUACGAGCUACAAGGGCGUGUCCUUGAAGGGGAGCGCGUCAUACUCGAGCCCGCUGGGUGAGAACAUCAGGCUCAUACUGCGGAGGAGGAUGCCGGACCUGCUGUCGCAGAGGGAGAAGGAGAGGACAGGACAUCGUCCGUCCUCAGCGGAGUCGAAGAGGACAACGCAGGUUCCAAGGAUCAAACGCUCACGUUCGCAAUGUAGCCACAUGAAGGAUAGCACCAACACUGUCCACCAACUGGACACAAGGGCUGAUCCAAAGCUCGAAGCUCAGGGCGGGAGGAGGAACUUCAAGGAGCUCUAUCAGCGACCAACCGUCAAAUUUUCGCAGCCCGUGACGUGA